AUGGCCACUGCAUCAACCUCGGAGGUCAACGCGGAGCUGUUGGAGAAGUCGGACGGGGUCAAGGUCAACCCGCAGGAGUCCAUCGUGCCACGGCUGCCACGACGCCUGAAAUCCCUGGCGCUGCUGGCAGUGACGCUGCUAGUGCUGGGGGACGGCCAUUUCCUGGUCCUGGCCCCCCGGGACCGGCUCCGUUGGACGCGUGGCCGCGCGCUCCAACGUGGCAUGCUGCAGCUGGCGGCCCCGGGGCCUGAACGGUCCCAAGCCCUGUGUGUGGUGAACGUGGCCCAGAUUGUGGGCCGCCUAUCGAAUCAGGGCGCCUUGAUCAACACGGUGAGCACCGUUUGUGACUACCCAGCCCUGCGACGCCAGCGUCGCGGGCCUGUCACGGAAGAGGAAAAACAACGCUGCGCCAAUUUCUUGAUGCUGACGAUCAUCAACACGGAUUUAAUCGUUGGCCUCGUUACUGGAUCUUUGACGGCUUGCUCUCAGUCCUUGAAUGUGCCGGCCAACUGUGCAACGAACAUCGCGUCCAUGCUGGGCAUGAUCGUCUUAAUGGCUCAAGCAGGUGUGCAAAUCCAGUUGGAUUGCAUCGAUGACCGAAACAUCACCCAAAAACGAGAUGCGGCCGUGGCCAAGGCCGAAGAGAUCAAGGCAGACGUCCAACGCAGUGUUCAGAAGUUCCUGAAGGACCAUGGGCGUGAUGGGCUGGCGCUGCUGCCAGCAAAUCCGGCAGUGCCCAAGAACACGGUGUAUUCCAAUGGCGCGCUCUGCUUCGGUGUCAUCACUCUCGUGGCCAGCUUCACCAUGCGCCUGGGGGUGGUGCUGGCAGAUGCCGCCUUCACGUGUCCGUACGAGCAGGACACGGAGCUUGGAAGAAGGGACUGUGCCUUGGAUGUCCUGGGCGUCCUGGGGCUUGUCUCCGUCAUCAUUCGAUUCUCAGGUCUGGCCUCCAAUGCUUGUGUGGCGAUUGUGGGAGACUCCAAUCCCACUGGCCAAUGCGUGGUCGCCACCUCUUCCAUCCCCACGGCGGCCUUCUCCCUGAGCGCGGCGGCCGCCAAUGUGGAGGCGGCCUGCAAAAAGGCCUUCGAAACAUGGGAUCCCAAUGCCUGGCCCUUCGAGAAGCAGGUGACGUUUCCGCUGGUCGACAACGGAGACGUGGUGCUGCCGGUGAUCUGA